AUUUACACCCGGAAGUGCGCUGAAUGUCAACACAAAUUCACGGGACGUUGAAUCAGAAUAGAGCUAUUUUUAAAUUAUUUAAAGAAAAUCAUACGUAAUGUUUGGCGGUCGGUCUUCAUUUGAUAAACUUUUAGAGAAAGCUACUAGUCAGUUGUUGCUAGAACCUGACUGGGACUCAAUUUUGCAAAUCUCUGACUGCAUUCGACAAGGAGACGUGCAGCCCAAGCUGGCAGUUGUAGGGAUCCGAAGGAAGAUUGCAGUAGAGAAUCCCCAUGUGUCCUUGUAUGCUCUUCAGGUGCUGGAGUCUUGUAUGAAAAACUGUGGAUCUCUGGUCCAUGAUGAAGUAGCCACAAAGGAGUUUAUGGAAUUUCUGAAGGGCUUGGUGAAUGUUCGUGGUGAUCCAGUAAAAGCAAAGAUCUUAGAGCUUGUGCAGGUUUGGUCGCACGCCUUUCGUAACGAGUCCCGGUACAAAGUGGUACAAGACACCUUCAACCUAUUGAAACUUGAAGGUCAGAGUUUUCCUCAGCUGAAGGAGUCAGACGCCAUGUUUUCAGCAGAGAAAGCCCCUGAGUGGAAGGAUGCAGACUGCUGCUCCAGAUGCAGGACUGCCUUUGGUGUUGUGCAACGAAAGCAUCACUGUCGCGCCUGUGGAGAUGUGGUGUGCCAGAAGUGUUCCUCUAAGAACUCCAUCAUCCCCAAGUUUGGUAUCGAGAAGGAAGUGCGUGUCUGUGACGCCUGCUAUGAGAAGAUUAACAAGCCUACUGCUGGAGGUAAAGAGGAUGAACUGCCAGCUGAGUAUCUCAACAGCCCACUCGCAAAGCAGUCUCAGCUACCCCCGUCUGCAGGGAAGACAGAGGCGGAGUUACAGGAGGAGGAGGAGCUUCAGUUAGCCAUAGCUCUGUCCAAAAGUGAGGAGGAGACCAAGCGCGACAGAAUGAGGAGCACAUAUGGUAUCUAUGGUGGGGUUGCUAAGGAUACAAACAAAGCCCCAUCACCUGCACAGCAGCAACAGCCAGUUGUAUCUGCUCCGAUGAUUGACACGUCUGACAUGGACCCAGAGCUGGCACGGUACCUCAAUCGUAACUACUGGCAACAGAAGUCUGAGAACAUCAAGGUCACCGUAACACAGCCAUCAGCGCCUGUGGCCCAGUCUGAACCUAAAAACACACAGGGUGGUGGGAAAGUUCAAGAGGCGUAUCAGAAUGGUGAGACAGAGGAGGAUCCAGACCAGUUUUUGCGCGCAUUGAACUCAAGUGUGGAGAUCUUUGUGAACCGCAUGCGUAGCAACUCCCAGCGGGGCCGGAGCAUCGCCGUGGACUCCUCUGUGCAGUCCCUGUUCAACGUGAUCAGCAACAUGCACCCUCAGCUGAUGAAGUACAUACAACAUCAGGAUGAUCUCAGAGCUCACUACGAGUCGUUGCAGGACAAGCUGGCCCAGCUGCGGGAUGCGAGAGAGGCCCUGGACGCGCUCCGUGAUGACCACCGUGAGAAACGUCGCCGCGAGAUGGAGGAACUGGAGAGGCAGCGACAGAUACAGAUGGCUCACAAGCUGGACAUCAUGAGACAGAAGAAACAUGAGUACCUGGAGAUGCAGAGACAGCUGGCGUUACAGAGGUUACAGGAGCAGGAGCGAGAGAUGCAGCUACGCUUUGAGCAGCAGCGCCACCUCACACAGAUCAGGCAGAUGCAGGCCUAUGGUGGAUACAAUCAGUCAGGCUAUCAACAAGGUCCUAUGCCAGGCAUGGCCCCACAAGGGGUGUAUGGUGGCCAGAUGGAGGGCUCACCUAUCCACCAGCUCCAUGGGAGUCAGAUGGGUCCACAUGGGGCCCCAGGGGUAGGGCAAGGGGCCCAGAUCCCCGGCCAUGGUGGACAGAUGGGUGGAUACCUGCCACAGCAAAUGUACCCUCCACCCCAACAUAGCCAGCAACAACAUUACAGUCAGGUGAGUGCGGGAGGCCCUAAUGGUGGAAUGUACCAGUCCCUGCCCCCAGGAGGCCCCCAGCAGUAUGGGUACAUGAACAGUCAGACAGACGGCCCUGUCCCUGGGGGAUCUUACCAACCCCAGUCCAUGCACUAUAAUCAGGACCCAUCAGGUGCCCAGACUCUCCCCCAAGGUGGCCCUGUAGGUAUGCCCCAGGGGUCGGGUGGGGGUUUCUCCUCCAUACCCCCAGGGCAAUUAGGGGAUUACCAGCAAGGGGCAUACAACAUGCAAGGAAUGGCCAAUACCCUGCCUAAUACAGACAACCAAGGGUAUGGUGCCCAGUCCGCGUCCCAGGGACAGCAGCAAUACUACAUGGGCCAGGGCGGGGCUCCCCCACCCCAGUAUUCCCAGGGUCCUAACCAGGCCCCACCCCCGCAACACAAGCCCGGGCCUCAUGAGGCAGAACUUAUAUCAUUUGACUGACAGUUAUUGAAAAAUUAUGAAGAAAGACUAGGAUGAAUGUUAUUUGUUUGAACACAUGUUGUAAAUCUGUUGCGUUAUGUGCUUUUGUAGUUGAUUUUCUAAUGAUUUAAGGCAUGAAAAACCUGAAAUUCUUAUUAAAUACCAAGUGUUAUUUCUUCCAUUUUUAUUUUAUUAAUAUUUUAUCGUCGAAAUGUUAACAAGCUGUAUCCUCAAUUAUGGUAAAAAUGGAAAACUGAACUUUUCAAAGAAAAGAGAAGCUAUUCUACUCACCACUGCUUUGGCAUCUGAGCUAGGUUACAUUUUUUGUAACCUAGUUUCUCAGGAAUUACUUUUGGGAUUUCAUUCAUAAUUAAAAAAUGUAUUCCCCAUAUUGAAAAAGCCCCAUAAGCUGAGUUUGGUAACUAGUUUGAAUUUGUCAUAAUUGGUGGCCAUUUCAAAUUAAAAUUGUGCAUACACAGUAUAACCUGACCAAGUGGUCACCCCAAGGAAAAUCAGUAAUUACAUCAGAGUGAAACUGUCAUUUCCAUGUGCAGCCAGUAUAUUUCAGAACAAACACCAUUGUUAAGCACUACUGUAAUUGAUCUGGGUUGUUUAUCUUGCAACUAUGAGGUCAUUGCUCUGAUGUGGAAAAUCUGUUUGAUAUAUAAUCAAUGCGGCCCACUGCAAGAAAAAAAGUAUUAAGAUGUUAUGAUGGUUAUUUAAGUUUGAAAAUCAUCGCAGAAUUUUCAAAUCAAAAUAAGCCUAAAUGCAUUUUAUAAUUAUCAGUAAUCCCUUAUUACAUGAUUGCUUACUUCAUAAUACUUUACAAUGUUAAGGUACUGUUUUUUCCAGACAAUAGCAUAUGUAGAUUUUGAUCAGAUUUUAAUCCAGAGAAAAUGUCAAUCCCAUAUCAGUUGCGAUAUAAUUUGGUAAAAUGCAACUUUUAUAGAUUCCAAUGUUUCCAACAUUUCAAGUUAAAAAAAAUAUUAAUAUAUAAGGCUUUCCAUGCUGUUUUCAUGACAUUGUACAUGAAGCAUCAUUUUCGCACCCUUUUAUUAGGACAAAGGAUUUACACAUUAUACGUUAACAUCAUUUGCAGCUU